CUCUCGUUUUUCUUUCCCCGUCGUCCACUCCCCACCGGUUCCGCUCGUGCGCGCCGCCGCCGCUCGCCACCAGCUUCCGCGCCCAGGAGCUACGCGCGCGCGAGAGACAGCGGGUCGCGGGCUCGCCGCAGAUAGGAGUGGGGCGGCACAGGGCACCCGCCUGUGUUUUGCGCCGCGCCGCCGGCGUCUGCCGUCGCUGGCCACUAGCCCCCGCCGCCGGGAAGCCGCCGUGACUCCGUCAGUCUCAUCGGUCUUGAGCGCCCCCUCCCCCUCCAUCUCCUCCUCGUCUCCUAUCGCGAUACUUGGCGCACUGAUCCGUGUGAUAAUUGUUGCUUAUACAUCGAACAACUAGCUAUUGGCCACGGAGAGUCGGAGACGCCUGCGUUAUGUUAAAUCCACCCAACGAUGAAACAAUUUCAAGCUUAAUGAACCUCUCUCCUUUCAAGCUGGAUAUUGACGAGCUCGUAGCUGAUUAUGCCAAGGAAAACUGCACGUCACUUGCUGAUUUCAAGCGAGUGUGGAUGGCAAAGAAGUUUUCUUAUAUCUAUGAAGGCAGACCUAAGACGAACUCGGGUGUCUUCAUGCAGUCCCUAUUUUUGCAUUGUAUUGGUCAUAUGACUUCUCAAAGUUCUCUACCCCAAAGAUUGGCUGGGCUUUACUGCCUUUACUGUCUGUAUGAGUGCCAACCAUACAAGCCACAAUUUAAGAUUUAUUUGUCUCUUGAGGAGUGCAAGCAACUGAAAGACUCCGUCGUUAUGGCUAAGCAAAAUGGAGUGCUUCUUGUACCAGCGCUUGUCAAAAGGAUGUUGGACAAAGGCAUGUUUUUGUUUGGCUUCAUCAAUUUGCUUAGUGACAAUGGGGAGAAGCAGGUUGAGGAAUUAACUGAAUUCCAGAAUAAACGAGCAAAAUUUGCUUGUGACAAGUUGUUUGUGAAUACCCAAGUAGAGAGUUAUAUGCACAUGGACUUGGGUGCGGAGUUUGAACUUGAUAGCAUCAAGAAAUUGUCAAAGGAGUAUGCUGAAGCCAAGGAAUUGGCCCUUGCAGAGGCAAGCCAAACCAUCGAUGUUGAAGAUGCUAAGCACGUCCUUCAGAAUGACAAACUGUUGGGUGACAGGGUAGGUGAAGUUGUCAAAGAAUGGGACGCCCAGAAGGAAGAGUUCUACGAGAAAACAGGAUUAUCUCGUGACAAUGAGCUCGCGGUGUUUGAAAAUGAUGAAUCGGGAGCACUUAAUUAUGAAGACGACGGCUUUGACGAGAUAACACAGCUGCUGCUAGAGUGAAGAACGUCUACAUAGACUGUAAACUCUUACAGUAGUGUACCCGCUCAGCAUGGUGUAUUAAAAGAUGAAAUCCUUGGCUGGCUUAGUAGAUCGUUUGACUGUUGACCUCUCAGUGUUCUCUAUGCUGUACAUUACAAACAAAGCCUUGGAUGAAGCUUACCUCAGGUACUGAUGUGCUUA